GAAAACAAUAGAUCAUCAAUAGUAUCGCACUCGCUGCCCUGAGCUUUCAGGGAAACCCCAAGACCGGAACCCUAAUCUCUCGGAUUUCGCUCAAGAAUUUUUGGAUACCAUCAUCAUGGAAGGAGACGACGAGCCCUCAGGAAAGAUGAUCGACGAGGAGAUCUACGCCAACGGCGUCGGUGAAGAAGAGAAACGCAAAAGGCCAAUCAUAAGCGGCGAGCAGCUCGACAUCGAGGCCUACGCCAGUCUCUACACGGGUCGUACCAAGAUCACGCGCCUUCUCUUUAUCGCUGAACACUGCCAGAACAACCAGGCGAUGCAAUUGGAAGCCCUAAGAAUGGCGUACGACGAGAUUAAGAAGGGCGAGAACACCCAAUUGUUCAGGGAGGUCGUACAGAAGAUUGAUGGCCGUUUGGGCCCGGAUUAUAGUAUGGAUUCAGCGUGGUGUGAUACUGUCGAUCGUAGGGCCGAGCAGAAGAAGGAGAAGCUUGAGAAUGAACUCAAUGCCUACAGGACUAAUCUUAUUAAAGAAAGCAUACGAAUGGGGUAUAAUGACUUUGGAGAUUUUUAUUAUGCUCAUGGUGCUUUAGGGGAUGCUUUUAAGCAUUAUGUUCGUACGCGCGACUAUUGUACCACAUCAAAACACAUAAUUCAUAUGUGUAUGAGUGCAAUUCUUGUCAGCAUUGAGAUGGGUCAAUUCACUCAUGUUACAAGCUAUGUUAGUAAAGCAGAGCAGUCACAGGAUGCUCUCGACGCAAUUAUUAUAGCAAAGCUUCGUUGUGCUGCUGGAUUGGCUCUCCUGGAGGCCAAAAAGUAUAAGCUUGCUGCUCGUAAGUUCUUGGAAACUUCUCCUGAAUUGGGAAAUAACUACAAUGAAGUAAUUGCGCCACAAGAUGUUGCAACAUACGGUGGACUUUGUGCACUUGCGAGUUUUGACCGGACAGAGUUGAAGAACAAAGUUAUAGACAAUCUUAAUUUCAGGAAUUUCUUGGAAUUAGUGCCUGAAGUCAGGGAGCUUAUCAAUGAUUUCUACUCAAGUCGUUAUGCAUCAUGUUUGGACUACCUUGGCAAUCUCAAAGCAAACCUGUUGCUUGAUGUUCAUUUGCACGACCAUGUUGACACACUGUAUGAUCAAAUCCGGAAUAAGGCUCUCAUCCAGUAUACACACCCUUUUGUGUCUGUUGAUUUGCAAAUGAUGGCAAAUGCUUUUAAGACAAGCAUUUCAGGGCUACAGAAAGAGCUGGAAGCUUUAAUCACUGACAAUCAAAUCCAGGCUCGGAUUGAUUCCCACAACAAAAUUUUAUAUGCAAGACAUGCGGAUCAGAGAAAUGCAACCUUCCAACGGGUUCUACAGACAGGUGGUGAAUUUGAUCGAGACGUUAGAUCAAUGUUGCUCAGAGCAAACCUUAUCAAGCACGAUUUCAAUCUUAGGGCAUCUUCAAGGAAACUGUAAAUUUAAGCUUCAUUUGCAAGAAAGUAGUUUGAGGUACAGAGAUAUCAUUUUGAUAUGAAAAAGGUGAUAUAUUCAUUUGGUUGGUCAAGUUAUGGAGCCCAAUACUUUUUUUGGGUACCCAAAGAUGGAUUUUGCACAUUCAGGACAACACAGAUCAAGGCAACAGUUACUUGUAUCCAAUGGUUGGAUAUUGGUUUUUGUUUCAUCAAUUUCAUCAAUUGCAUCCUAUUCUUAGUUGUACUGGUUUUUGCUUAUUUUAAUGGUACUUGCACUUAGUGAACUAUGCAGAUAUUAUUUGGAAUCCUAAACUAUGGGUGAACGCGGUCAAUUAGAGCGCCUCUGGGGUUUGUUGUGUAUAUAUAUUUAAGAUGUUAGGGGUUUUGUUUUCCAGUAGGUCACCAAGUUAAGUGAUGUUCAUAUAGAGUUCCAUGGUUGUGCAAAAAAAAUUUAUGGAUGGUCAUUUUCGUUUC